AUGGAUAUACCAGUGCAAAUAGCUAUUCGUCUAAAACCCCCUGGAAUAACAGAUUCCCUUCAGUGCAUAUUUAGUAAUCCCGUAACUCAAAUUGUUAUCACAGAGAGUGGUCAAACGUUUCAUGUAAACAGAGCCUUGCCAGUAGAUUGCAAUCAAGCUCAUUUGUUCAAUUCAUUUAUGUUACCACAAAUCAACUGCUUUCUCGAUGGAUGUGAUACAUCAGUUGUAGCAUUUGGGCAGUCAAAAACAGGGAAAACAUAUACACUGUUUGGCCCAGGCUUCGAAUGUAUCCAUAGUGAAUGUGAUCAAGGCAUUGUUCCCAGAUUUUUGACUGAAAUAUUCCACAAACUAAGCCAGAUGCCUGAGAGGGAGUUCAUACUUCAUAUAACUUGGAUGCAAGUUAUUAACAAUAAUAUAUUUGAUGUCCUGGGAGGUGGGUUGGUCAGGUGUUGUAAUAUUGAAGAAGCAUUCCAAUAUUUGCAAUUAGGUUGGAGACAGAGGUGCCUUGGUAACAAUCAUACAGUAUUUACUGUGAGUAUGGAACAAAAGUGGGUUGGAACUAAUGGUGUCCUUAAUCAUCGUAUGUCUACUGCUAGUUUUUGUGAACUGGCAGCUUAUCCAGAACCAGGACUUUUUGCUUUGGAGAACAUAAUCAAGGAAUUAGUAGCUGGCAACCCGCCAAAACAAAUAAAUUACGAUAGGUGUAUAUUAACUGCUAUGCUACGAGAUUCAUUUGGAGGGAGAGCCUUCACUUGGGUUAUUGGUUGUAUAAGUACAGAACCAGAAGAAUACCAAGAUACUCUUAAGAUUCUGAAUUUAUGCCUUUGUUGUCGGGGAAUUAAGAAUUUUGUCACAGUUAACUUAUUUGCUGAUAAUAACACACCAGUUUAUUCUGAAAAAAAUGCAAUACCAUCCGAUAAUGCCUUUAAUUUGCAGUUUGCUACAACCCAAUGGAUAAAAUUAGUGUCAAAUGCAGAAGGGUUGUUUAACAAAAUAUUGCAAUCUAAAUCAUUGUCUGAUGCAGAUAUGAACCAGGUUAGUGAAUGGCUGUUUCUCAAAGCAGAAUGUGACGAAUGCUUGAAUAAUGAAAUAGUUGUUGAUAACAGAGAAUCAAAUCAUAAACAAGGCUUACCAAGAAUAGCUGAAGAUACAGAACCUAGUGAACCUAGUGAGUCCGAUGUCGAAUCAGAUUCUGAAGAUAGUGAUUCCGAAACUGUAUUUCAAGACAAAGUUGAAAAGAUGAUGGAAUACUUUAGGGAGAAAAAUGAUCAGUUAUUUGCAGAGAGAUGUGAAGAUUAUUUAAACCAUAUAGACUCAGACGAUAUCACUAUAUCUGAUACAAGUGGCUCACAAUCUUUACCUAUUCUUACUUCACAAUCUAUUUCUGGAAGAAGAAGAACAAUUCAACCAGGGGAAAGUAUAUCUGGAGCACAGUUAGAACUUCUAAGAAAAGUAGCUGAAAAAGCUAUCUCUCCUGAAUCUCAAAAAAUUAUUAUUGAAUCUCACAAAAAUGAAACAGACCCAGAACCCAAAUUAAUUGAGAGGGAAUUAUUAAAAAUGAUUGACUCUCCAAAAAUGACAGAAAUCUGUAGGAAAUAUAAAAUUACCAAGGAAAAAUAUGGACAGAAACAGAUUUUAGCUAGGAAAUUGUCGAAAGAGAUAAGUACAAGUCAGUCACAGCUGAAAGAAUUGAUCAAUCUUUGCAUCUCUAAGAAAAGAGUCAUAGAUGACCUGAACCGAAGCAUUUCUAAUAAUACAAGAAAUAAAACACACUCAGACAGGACAGAAUCAAACAUUAUUGAUUUAGACGCAAUAAAGGAGAUAAAACGACAUGAGACAAAUCUUAAGACCUACAAAAAGCAAAUAGAUCAAAUAAAACGUCAAAUUAAAAAGGAUGAAAAGCGAAAAAAUACUCUAGAUGUUGAACUACUCAAGGAUAAAUUAAAGUUAGAUGAACUGUCUGAAACAUCAGUUGAGAUUAAAGAUAAAAAAGUACAUUCAAUAAAGCAUUUUACAAAUAGAAUUACACAAUUAGAUAGUAUUUUAAAAGAGAAAGCAAAUGAUUUAGCCAAUCUAGAAUUAUCAAGAGAUAAAGAGCUUUUAUUGAGAAAAGAGAUUAAAAAUUUACGUAAGACGCGAGAGUGCUUACACGAGCAGCGAUGUAGUUUAGGACAUAAAAGAAAAUUGUACAAAUCUCUUUCAGAUUCAGAGGAACGAAAAAUACUAGAAUGUGAAGAAGCCAUAGAAGCUAUAGACACAGCAAUAGAGUACAAAAACAAUUUAAUAUGUGGACGUUCGCCAUCUGCUUCACUCUCUGACUCACACGAUAACAAGGACAGUAGGACCAGAGGAGAGCAGAUGUUAAUGGCGAGAUUGGAUAAAUUAUCACAUGAUGAGAUGAAAACUCUCCUGUAUAGAUACUUUCAAAAGGUGGUGGAUCUACGAAGUGCUUGUGCAGCGCUAGAGGCUAGCGCGGCAGCGGCCGCUGAUGAGGCAGCUAUAUGGCGUGCGCGGGCGGCUGCAGCUUGGAGACACGCUCAGAGGUCUCGUCCAGCACCAAAUAGAUGUCUAGAUGGUGUAAAUAUGGAUAGAGCACUAUCGUUGGGGAUGACUACCGACUCUGAAACAUCAGAUGAUGCUAUGCGAUUAGUGGAUAGGAUGAGACAGUUUGCCAGAUAUCCUCCGGUCCCAGUGAUACCAAGUCAAUAUUUGCGCCAAUUAAUGCCAGCUACACACUUACCCGCAGCAAAAGUCACAAAGGAAAAGAACAAACUCGUCAUUGUCCAACAAAAUAAAAAACACUGA